AAAGGAGUCAACAUCCAGGGUCUGUCUGCAGAAGCUUGUCCCGCUACAAACAGCAGCAGCAGCAGGCCCAGCGGCAGCCGGCGCACGCCCCCCCGGCCCGGCCCCACGCCACGCACCCCCCCCUCAGCCAGCAGAGCAGCGCCCCAGCACAGCUCAGCCCGCAUGGGACUCCGGCCCCCAAAGCAGCACAGGCCGACAUGCAGUCCAGUGACGCCCCCCCCCAGAGGCGCCCAGGUCGGCGCCGCCGGGAACAGGCGCAGCCAGGCCUUCAGCGACAAGACCAAAGCCAACUCCCACCUGAGCAAAGAUUCGGUUGAGGGUCAGACGGGGAUGACUGAGCACGCCCCUGCGUUUGCCGUGACUUUCAGCUCCUCCGCCUCCAGCCUGGUCCCCCCCUCCUCCACGGCCAUCCCCCAGCCCAACGCCAGCAGCAAGCCCUGGAGGAUCAAGUCCACCAGCUCCAAGCAGGCCGCCUCCCCAGCCCCCGUCCCCGCCGGCGCCCCCCCCUCGAGCAUGCAGACCGGCAGGCAGGACAAGGACUCGCCCUGCCCGGGGAAGGCCGCUCCGGCAGCCGACGCCCCCCCCAAAGCCGCCGCCCAGAGGUCCAUGCUGGAGAAGCUCAAGCUCUUUAACAGUAAAGGGGGAUCCAAGUCGUCCCCCUCCUCCGGUGGGGGGGGGCUCCCAGACGGACGCGGCCGCCGCCAGACAGCCAGCAGCCCCAAAAUCGCCCUCCGAGGCAUCGCCCAGCGCACGUUCAGCAGAGCGUUGACUGCCAAGAAGGGCUCCGCCAAAGGCCCCGAGAAAGAGCGGGAGAAGGAGAGGGGCAAGGAGAAGGAGAGGGGGAAGGAGGCCGGGAAGCGCGCCCCCGAUAGAGCCGAGCCGAGGGACGAGGAGCCCAAGGAGGACGCGGCGCCCGCCACGCCGGACGCCGACGCCUCCGCCAAAAGGACCUCCAAGAUCGCCAGUUUCAUUCCCAAAGGGGGCAAAGCAGCCAAAAAAGAGAGCUCCACCACCCCCGCGCACAGCGGAAUACCAAAGCCGGGAGGCAAGGCCCCAGGAGUCGGGGGCAAAGCCUCCUCCGCCAAGGAGGCCGGCGAGAGGCCCCGGAGCGCCCGGGGGGGGCUGGCCGCGCCCCGCGGGCCCCUGGACAGAGAUAGGGACAGCAGGCACUCCAGCUCCACCUCCAGCCUGGCCUCCACGGAGGGCAAGGCCGGGGGGGGCACCACGCAGAGCACGGCCAGCAACACCGUCAGCGUGCAGCUACCUCAGACGCAGCAGCUCCACAGCCACCCCAACACGGCCACCGUCGCACCCUUCAUGUACAGG